AUGUGUAUAUUAGCUUCUUCUUCCUUGAGAAACCCUCAAUUCCACCCAUUUUUCAUAAUUUCAACAGCUAAUUGAAUCUUGAAAAAAAUGCCUUCUGAAGACUCAAAGCCAGUGAAAAUUGAUGAUGAAGAAAGCAUUGGGUCUCUUUUUAACUACAAAAAGAAACCUAACAAUAAUGCCGCUUCAAAAUCUCAGCCUACCAAAAAUGCCAAAGUGAAAAAAGAAGAAAAAGAUGAUGAUUUUGAAGAACCCAAUCCCAAAAAGACCCCUAAAAACGUUAAGGCUAAGAAAGAAGAAGAACCCUCACCCAUGUCCAAGAAAAGCUCCAGUAAAACUGUUAAAAAAGUUGUAAAGAAAGAGGAAGAAGAUAAGAAGAAAGGAGCUAAAAAUUCAGACAGUAGUGUUAAGAAGAAGGAAAAGAAAGUUUAUGACUUGCCUGGUCAAAAGAGAGACCCUCCUGAAGAAAGAGACCCGUUAAGGAUUUUCUAUGAAUCCUUGUACCAGCAAGUGCCAGACAGUGAAUUAGCAGCUAUCUGGAUGAUGGAGUCUGGUUUGCUUCCCAAGGACUUGGCGAAGAAAGUUUUAGAGAAGAAACAAAAGAAGGCCCAGCAGCAGAAGCUUGGUUCACCUAUGAAAAAAACGGUUGUGACAGUGAAAAAGACGACAGUGUCUGUUACUAUUAAGAAGAAGACAUCCUCCUCAACUCCGCCAUCAACAACAAAGAAGAAAACACCGGAUUCCGGAGCUAAAUCAAAGCAGCAGCAGUCAAAGAAACGGAAGUUUAAGGAUGAUACGUCUUCUGAAGAAGACUCGGAUGAUGAUUUCGUUGCAGAUGUGAGAAGUGCAAAGAAACAGAGAGCAUCUUGAUUGUUCUUGUAUUAUUGACUAAUGACUAAGCUAUUUCUGAUUACAGAAGGAAUUGAAAACUAGGUGUUAUCGUCUAGCAGAGUUUGCCAUGGCUAAAUCUUUUAUGUAAAACUUCCCAUUUGAUGAGCUGUGAUCCUCUGUUACAUGUAUCUCAAUUCCAGCUACUUGUAACAUCUAUUUCAGACCUGAGAUUGAAGAAAACCAUUCUAAAAUCGUUGAUCUAUUUAAACUUUUCUGCUUUCUUUUUCUCCA